AUGCCUAUUGCACUUCCCGACUUCACUGGCACGAUGAUCGACGCUGGUCGUCUAGAGCUACUCCAAUACGUGGGCGCUGGCGCCUGCGCUGAGGUCUACCUCGCUAUUGAUCAUGAAGCCUCGGCCUCCUCCUCGGUCCCCGUCCGGCGUGCGGUCAAGAUCGUGCCGAAAGCUGGUCUUUCGAAGCGCGACACGCAGCGCCAGCGACAGGAGAUCGCAAACCAACGACUCGUCUCGGACGUGCCCGGCGUCCUCGAGUUGCUCGAUGCCAUCGAAGACGACGCGUACUUCUACCUCGUGACAGACUAUCGCGACUGCGAUCUGUUGGACCUCAUUCUCGAGGGCGUCUCUUUCGAGCGCAAAGACGAGCGGAUCCGGUCGGUGUUCGUGCAGAUUCUGGAUGCGGUACAAGGGUGUCAUCAGAAAGGGAUGUACCACUGUGCCCUUACGCCGGAAAACAUCCUCUGCACGGCCGACGGGAACGAGGUCGUUCUAGCCGACUUUGGGAUGGCGACGCCUCAGGCGCAAAGCCACUCCCGCGGCUACAGCAGGCGCUACGGCAGGCGCUCCUAUUUGAGUCCUGCGGCAGAAUUCGUCAAUUCCACUACUGAACCAUACUCCACCGAGCAUGCGGACAUCUGGGCAUUGGGGAGAAUUCUCGUCGACCUCGUCACGGGCUGUCGCUACCCCUGGUCGAAGGCCUCGAUCGACGAUCCCGACUUCAGGCAGUUCGUCUUCGAGGAUCAGUGGUACCUCCAGAGAGAGUUCGGGAUCUCGAGGGGAGCCGCCGACCUGCUGAAGCGGGUCUUCAGGCUGCACCCCGUUGUGCGCCCCAGCCUUGCGCAGAUUCGCAAAGACGUCCUCCGCCUCGACACGUUCUUCGCCGAGUUCGAGGAGGACUCUGAGUGGGACGAGCCAUUCGACUCCACCCCCACGCCUGAGGACAGCGUCGCCGUUGUCGAGAUCCCCGGCAACGAGACCGCGUUUGGUCCCCGCGUCGUCGUUCCCAAAGGGUACGUUCGAGCGCUGCUGCCAGCACUGACACGAACGGCCUCUGACGAUGAAUUCGCGCUCAGCUUCCUUGACGGCCUGGAGAUGCUUGUAGCUCCAGUGUCCACCUAG